AUGUCGAUCAAUCCCAAUUCGUGGCGGAAGAGGAAAGGCUCGUUCUCCUUCUCCUUGUCUCUGUCUCUACGCCAGUUAAUCUAUCUCUCCCCUGCGUGCAUCUCCUUCCUCGCGCACGCAAACGACCUGCGCAGCCCCGCCCCCGCCACCGCCGCGGCAGCGCCGCUCCUCGCCCCAUCCCCGCCGCCGCCUGGUGACCCGGAAUCCAACCUCCACUCCUGCUGCGCCGCGUGCGUCAACACCAGGCUCUCCGAGUACCACAUGACGAGGAACCUCCGCGACUCCCUCCAAACCCGCAUCACCGCGCGCCUCGAGGCCAAGGGCAAAGUUGGUGCCGAUGCGGAAGCGUCGUGGCCGUCCAAGGAAAGAGAAGCCGGACCAACCUGCUGGAGCCCCCGAAGCGUGGCCGUCCGAGGAAACAGCCGCAUGACCAAGCCAAUUCACCUGACGGAGCUAAGCCCAAGAAAAUUUAGAGCGAGAAAAAAAUUAUAUCUCAGUGCUCGUCUUUGGAGUUUGUAAAAUUAGUUCUAGGC